UACAGAAUCAAGACAACUGCUUCUUUAUCCGAUAUCUCUUUCUUUCUUUUGCCAUGGUGUCACAAUAUUUGUUCAAGAUCACCGACUUCUUAAAGGCUCCUAUGACCAUCGGUGUCGUUCUUGUAUCAGCGACCGUCGUAGCUGUUGUACAUCAGUGGGACUUUCUCAAGGAGAUAGCCACGAAGAAGAAGGAGAAUAAGAACUUGAAGGAAGAGGAGGCUGCAAAUUCGAAGGAGAACGCGGAGUAGAGGAGUUUAGUUUAGCAGUUUUGUGUUACUAAUGACUAUUUUUUGCUUAAUCAGUUUGUGGUUUUUUAAAUCGUUUGUUUAACAUCAGCGGCUAAUUAAUGAUGCUUAAUU